UUUGACCGAUACUUGGCCAUCUGUCGGCCUCUCCACUAUCCCACCAUCAUGAGCAAUCGUCUCUGCACAAUCUUGGUGGUCCUCUGCUGGGUGACUGCCUUCCUCUGCUAUCCAGGGCCUAUCUAUUUUAUCACUCAACUCCCCUUUUGUGGCCCCAAUAUCAUUGACCACUUUGUCUGUGACCCUGGUCCUCUCCUGGCCCUGUCCUGUGUUCCUGCACCUGGAAUUGAACUUUCCUGUUCCUUAUUGAGUUCAGUCAUUAUCUUCUUCACCCUUUUCUUCAUCCUUGCCUCCUACAUCCUGGUCCUCAGAGCAGUAUUUCGUGUGCCCUCAGCUGCUGGAAGGCGCAAGGCUUUUUCCACCUGUGGUUCUCACCUAGUCGUGGUGUCUCUCUUCUAUGCAACACUGAUGGUGAUGUACAUCAGCCCUAACUCUGGGAAUCCAGCUGGGACACAGAAGGUUGUAACCUUGAUCUACUCCUCCUUGACCCCACUUGUAAACCCACUCAUCUACAGUCUCCGGAACAAAGACAUGAAGGCGGCCUUGAGAAAAAUUAAGAUACUCACUAAAAUUAGUCAAAAUUCAUGA